AAUAUGGCGGAGCCUUUAGAUGGGGCAGCAAAAGAACCGUCCACAACAGACGUAAAGGAAAAUCUUGAAAGCGAAUUUGAAAUAGCGGGGAGCACGCUUGAAAAGGAACUGAGAAGUGCAGAAGUUCUGAAAACCCAGGCAGAUUACAGAAAGAUUGGAAAAAGCUAUAUUGAAAGCAUUAAAGCGUCUCUUCUUGCCUCGUCCGCUAAAUAUUCAAUUACUCUGGAAGAUCCUUAUUUGAAAGCUUACAAAUACUUGGAAGAAAACAAGGUUCUAGCAUUGCUCGAGGAUUUAAUAACAUACACUGCCUUCCAACGACCUAAUGAGCCAUUUCCCUUCAUGUCUCGACUUGUUGAGGAUUUUUACAAAACUAACAAAAGUAAUGAAUGGACAUCAAAUGAAGCAGUAAAAAAGGAAAGUUGAAAAAUAUUAAAAAGAGAUUCUUACUUAAAGGAUUUUGUAUAAUAGAAUUUUGUGUUAUCAACUGCAUUAAAUACGUACAAGUAAUUAUACUCCAGUAAAAUA